AAUCAUGAUGCGCGGUAUGUUUCUGGUUUUCAAUGAGCCAUCUGAUGGAAACAUCGAAAAGAAGUUGGAUGUGAGCUCGCAAAGAUGCGAUGUCUACCCAGCUCAUGUCUACGUUCCCCAGAUGAACAAAAAAGCAAAAUCGCUCUACUUGCUGCUCUGUAUUCUCGAUACACUCGUUCACAUCGCCAGUAUUGGUGGUAGAAUCUUUCUGAAACCAGAUCACUACGCCUUGUACAUCUUUCCAGGAAUCAUGGAAGUAUCAUUCCUCGUUACAUUCGCCACAAAAUAUAUUCGAUUCCUCCAUCUUCAAAUGAUAUAUCUGUUCGCUCACACGAUUCUCUCUUUCAUUUUCCUGUUUGCCAAUAUCGUUCCCAAUGGAAAAGAAUCAUUGCUUGUUGAGUUCGAGCUUCCUUCUCUCAACUCGAACACUUUGAUUGAGUCUGUACUGGCCAUUUUCUCGUUCAUCCGUAUGCUUCUCGUCAUCACAUACCAUCAGCAUGUUUACUAUGGCGAGCUCAGACAGAAAUUCAAUCAGGGAAAAGUGAUCAUGCAACCUCAGUAGUGUUACAAACGCAAUGAUAAUGUCAUAAUGAUCUCCACGCCUCCUUGUUUAUUUUGUUUUGAUCUUGUUUUUUAUCGUAUGAAGCUUGUUCUAUU